AGAACCAUGCUGAUGUAACGAUGCAUUGACUUCUCAAUGAUUCAUCAAGAAGAGAAGAGCUGACGGCUUGGCGUUUAAUCGCGUUUAUGGUAUCAGUAUCCAUGAGUGUAUUUUCCUGCAACACAGCUGAGAACGGAUGUGUGAUUUGAUUCAGUAACGUCAUACCCCUAAUAUGGAGCUGUCGUGUUCGGUUUGUUCGGAGCUUUAUGUGCCUACCGUGCAUGUGGUCAUUACACCGUGCGGCCAUAUGUUUCAUAACGAUUGUAUCCUGCCGUGGUUAGAACGAUCCCGAACGUGUCCGGAUUGCCGAACGGAAUGCAGUGCUUCAGGACUGACCAAAGUGCAUUUCAAUGUGACAGCACACCUAGAAAGGAACAAUGCAAUGCUGAUGGAAAAGCUGGACAAUAUAACGUUGAAACUUGGUGAAGCAUUAACAAAGAUUGAACAAACGACAGACACGUGUAAGGAGAAGCAGGACAUGUUGAGCGACACCUUGCAAACGGUACUGGUUGAAAUGCGUACGCAGAAUACGGGCAUUCGUGAUCUGGAGCAUAAGAUGGAUGAGUGUACAAUGGGGCUGGGAGAUUUUAUGACAAGUAUGUUUGAUGCUAAAGAGUAAUACUAAGAUAUCCAAAGAUUAUUUAGAUAAAAUUAUCAGCUGUACUUGUAAUAGUGCAGCUUCUGCAACGAUGUGCUUUUGUACUUGCUUUUGAUCAUACUUUCUUUCAUCCGAUUCACGUUGUUUUUGUGUGGCAAAAUAUCGAAACUGUCCGAUGGGUGUCCGUUUUCGCUGAUGGAACGAUGGUAUACAGGACCCUAUACAGUUUAUCUCAAGAGCUCGGCACACCUUUACAACUUGUAAUGAAUCAAUGCCGGCACUAUGCUAGAAAUCGUUGGUGUUUGACUUUUGGGACUUAUAUCUUAGUGUUUAUAUAUCAGCAAAUAUAUAUAAAGAAACACGAGCCAGAUCGUGUGGGCAUAGGAUUAACAGUGAUAUGAAAAUGAGAGAUUUUGGCUACGCCUUAUCAUUCGUUAUCUACCAAUGAGCGAACAAAGAUAAGCAAACUUGCCGAUAAGUAAAGGUUAAAAUCAUAGAUAUGUGUUAUCAUCUCUUAUCGAUAAGUAAAACAAUAAAAAUAUCACACUAGAAAGUGCUACACUUCAGUACCUCAGUGAGACUCAGUGCCGCUCCAUUCCCAGCGCUAGCUGUAUAUCGAGCAUAAGUGUCUUGUUGCGCGAAACUGGUGGCGGAAGUUUGAUUUCUUCAUUUAAUUUGUACAACUAAUAUGGAGUUAUCGUGUAGUGUUUGCUCUGAGUUAUAUGUUCCUGAGGCUCAUGUCGUCAGUACACCAUGUGGCCACAUGUUUCAUAACGAUUGUAUCCGGCAGUGGUUAGAACGGUGAAAACUUUAGCAAACUAGUAUAAUCGAACGACACGGCGUACCAUAAUCUGGACCUUUCUUUGUUGUUUUUACAGAUCCCAAACAUGCCCCGAUUGUCGGGCUACAUGCAUUUCAACGAAGCUGAUUAAAAUGCAUUUCAAUGUGACAGCUCAUCUCGCACGUCCCACCAGCCAAAGGAAUAAUGCCGAUGCAGUGCCGAUGGAAUCGCUGAUGGACAACAUUACAAUUAAACUUAGUGAACUGGAAGACGCAUUAAGAAGAAUAGAACAAAAGACAGAGCAAAGUAAUGAGAAGCAAGACGUGCUGAGUGUCACUGUACACGGUUUAGUGGAUGAAAUACGAAUGCAAAAUACGGUUAUUCAUGAUCUCGAGAAUAAGAUGGAUUUGUGUACAGUGGGGCUGGGAGACUUUCUGACCAAUAUACUUGACUCUUCCUAGUAUGGUUAGGUUGUGAAAACAAAUUUUAACGAUAAAAACAAACACUUGUGAUGUGAUAAAAAGCUGUGUAAAAAUAUGUGUGCACUGUUUUGGUUCAUCUUAUCUUUUCGAUCCUAUUCAAUUCGCGGUAAAGGAAAAUUUUUAUUUUUCCUGUUCAAAGGGAAAAAUACCACAAAUUUCUCGUUAAACGUAGUCGAAUUUAAAACAGCCAACAAACCACUCUCAAUAUUGAAUCCUAACCCAACAAGAUAAGGAAAUUCCUAGUAGAUGAUAUCAAAAAUACCAACGAAUGGAACUUUGUAUAGACUA